CAGAUGAGUCCAGAUGUUGACUUCUUUCUUAAACAACCUUUGAACAGCCAAAGCGGCGGGUGAUCAGCGAUCUGUCAUAACAACAAACUCCAAACAGUGGAGUUUGUGUGCCUUUUGUCUGGCUGUUUGAAAAAGAAAAAGGUCACCUGAAUGUGCACAUCCCAGAAGCAUUUCCAUACUUUAUAUGACUUGCUCUUGAAUAAUAAUGCCUCUUUGUUAGUUUCUGGUGUCUUUAUUGCAGAGCGGUGUUUAGAUUUGAAUUUACGGCGUGAGUUCGGCAUCAGGUGGAUCUGGAUGGUAGACGGCUGGUGUCAUUUCUGAUUGUGAGCAGCUCCAGGAUGGUCGUUUGACCUCUUGAGAUCAGUUUUCCUGGACAACCCAGUUAGUCCGGCCGAGCAGCCGGCUCCCUCGGGAUCUCAUCCGGAUUGGUUGGGCAGUGACGGGGUGGGAGAGGCAGUCCGCCGGUGAGGGUCUGAGGCGCUCUCAUCUGCUCUCAGUCUGUCCUGACAACAAACAGCUCUCUGGAUCCUGCAGAUCAGCCGCAGCCCAUCGACACGCUCUGGGAUUGACUGCAAGAAGGAGGUUUUCAGGGGUUUACAGGAAAGGGACCUGUCGGAUUAGAGCGAUGGGUGACGGGCCUGCAGAGGUGUGACGUCCCGCGCAGCCAGGAGAUGUGAAGCCAGAACCAUGCCAACGCCGCUGCCAGCCCGGCACAAACUGCUGCUCACGCUGCUCUCCGCUGCCCUCAGCCAGCAGACGGCGGGCUCAUUGCUGGAGAAUGUCAUUUCCCAGCGGGCCGAGUACUGGGAGAACUGCAACAGAACCCUGUCUGGGGCUUUUCCAAACCACGGAAACUUCUGUAAGGGAGCGUUUGACAUGUUUGUGUGCUGGCCCCAUUCUGCUCCUGGAAAUGUGUCGGUCCCCUGUCCUUCCUUCUUACCCUGGAUCACCAAGGGCAGCUCCAGGAAGGCUUAUCGGGAAUGUUUAGAAAACGGGAGCUGGAGACGCAGAGAGAAUUCCUCUGAACCAUGGCGGGAUAACUCCGAGUGUGUGGAGGAGCAGUACUUUAAAGACACGGAGGAUGAAAAGCUUCGGCACAACGCCCUCAGGCUGAUCUCCGUCACUGGAUAUUCACUGUCGCUGUUCUCCCUGUCGCUCGCCACUCUGGUCAUGGGCGUGCUGAGGUCAGUUCUCAGGAAGCUCCACUGCACCAGAAACUUCAUCCACAUGAACUUAUUUGUGUCGUUCAUCCUGAGAGCCGUGGCUGUCAUUUCCAAAGAAAUCAUCCUUCUCGUCAUGUACUCCAACCUGCCUAAGGACGACCCUGGCUGGAACACCUAUUCCAGCUCGCCGAUUGCAGUGAUGUGCAAAUUCUCCAAGGUGUGCUUGGAGUACUUUGUGGCCUGCAACUACUUCUGGCUGCUGGUGGAAGCCAUUUUCCUUCACACGCUGCUCUUCACGGCGGUGCUGACCAAGAGGCGUCUGCUGAAGAAGUACAUGCUGCUGGGAUGGGGAACUCCGGUGCUGUUUGUGACGCCGUGGACUGUGCUCAAGAUCCUCUAUGAGAACACAGGAUGCUGGCCGAUCAUGAACCGGUGGUUCUGGUGGAUCAUCAGGGGUCCGAUCACGUUCUCCGUGCUGAUCAUUUUCUUCAUCUUCAUAAAGAUCUUGAUGCUGCUGCUGUCCAAGCUGAAAGCAGAUCAGGUCAAAUUUACCGACUACAGAUACAGUCUGGCCAGAGCGACGCUGGUUCUGAUUCCUCUGCUGGGGAUCCAUGAAGUGGUCUUCACGGUGCUGGUGGACGAGUGUGUGGAGGGCAGCAGCCGCUACGCUCGCAACUUCAUCAACCUCACCCUCAGCUCCUUCCAGGGCUUUCUGGUGGCUGUGCUGUACUGUUUCGCCAAUGGGGAGGUCCAAGGUGAGGUGAAGAAGCGAUGGCAGCUUUUCUUGUUCAACAACCACUUUAAGGUCAGAGGCUGUUUUGGGGGGGCGCCCCUCAAGCAGCUGUGGAAGAGCACUCGCGGGCAGAACCCUCAAACCUCCCAGCAGUGCGACUCCAGCGACGAAGGCGGGCUCCCUACGGCGGCUCUUCACCUGCUCCAGGUGUCGGCGCACAGAGGAGGCCGGGCUCUGGGCCUGUCUGUGGUCAGAGCUCACGGGCUGAGGAGCUACGACAACCCGGGACUGGACUUCCUCACCAGGAAGAGCCUGUCCAGCAGCGACGGCGAAAUGACGCUCGGAGAGACCAUGGAGGAGAUCCUGGAGGAGAGUCAGUUCUGAGGCGCGACGGCCCAAAGUAAACGUACAAAUAAAGAACUGUUAUAAAUAUAUGAAUAACGAUAAAGAGAAAAAUAAUACAUUUAUAUCUAAUUUAACUUUAAUCUGUUGUCUACAAAUUUUGAUAAAUGCUUCAAGUGGCCCCAAAAACUGACAUUUUUGAAAAAAAAAAAA